UGUGCACUGAGGAGUUUCGGGACCUGCAGGAAUCACAGAGAAGAACAAGAGAAGAAUAAAGUCGACAUACAGUGUAGAACAUCGCCAUGUCAUCGCCUGUGUUUCCACGUCUUGCCUGCGUCAUCCUCCUGGCUGUCUGGGGCUGGAGCUGUUCCAGCACAGCCUUCCCCUUCAACAUGUCCAUGGAAGGCAGCGGGAAUGAGCCAGAGCUGAUAUUCCCCAUAUCCCACAGCACGCAAGUCCCACCUGCAUCGCCACCAUCCCCUUCUCCUCCACCCAGCAUCACCACCACCUUCAUCCGGAUCAAGGACUUCCUGUUCAACCGUGUGGUGGACUUCCUGCGGGACAACCUGCUCCUCAUCAUUGUGGUGACGUCUCUGCUGGUUGUCAUUGUCUUCAUCGUGUGCUGUGCCUCAGCCAUGAGCCACAAGCGCAAGCUUGAGGCCUACUACCCACCAAAGAAGUAUGUACCUCGGAAGUAUGUUACAAACCAAGGGGCAGAAAGGCCUCAGCAAGAGCAAGCCCAGCCAGACAACAAGCCCCAGGGCACCACAAGCUACUUGCGCACCCCGUCCAAGGCACUGGUGGGUGAGAAGGAGGGUAAGGACCCCAGGCCUAAGCCACAAGAAGCGGCAAAACCAGUCGAGGAAGUGGAGGAGGUGGAGGUGCCGAAGGAAGAGGAGAAGAAGAAGAAGAAGAAGGAGGAGCCCAAGCCCAGCACUUCAGCAGCCGGGAAUGGUCAAGUAAUGGUGUGCACCUGUCACCUGAAGAAAGGCCACUGAUUGGCCUGGAUGGCUGGGGAACGGCUUUUGAGAUCUUGUGCAUUUACCGGGACUGACACAUUUGAUUCCGUCUAACCUAUAAGUUUAGCUGUUCAGACAUUUCUGUCUGGGAAACUCUUUGUUGGGUAAAUAGUCACAGUUUUGAGGCCCUCUGCCUUCGGAACGUGUACCAAACAAUUUGUUGAAGGUGUUUAAGUGAAAUCAAAGAAAACACUCUGCACAAACUCAUUACAAGUUUAGUUGAAUCAUGUGUGUCUUUCCCCAGAUUAAGCAAAAGUCUUGUUCCACUGUUUCUACUGCUGUGGACAACCUAAGGCUGUAUUCAUCAGCUAGAGAUACCUGGAGAUAUUGAUAUGUCUCACCUUACUGUGCAUUUUUGGGUUGCAUUUAGCUUGUAUCUGUCAAACCUCUCAGACCAAGACACCAGAUCCUGGAUCAGUCUUUACUAUGAACCUAGUUCAGUGCUCUCGUUCUGAGAUGCUUGACAAAUAUUGCGUGAUUGAACUGUGUAGCAUUAAACAGAGAAAGUGGCAAAGAUGGUUGUUUUCAAUAUACAGAGCCAGGCAAGUCUUGUUCUUCAUAAGUCUUGUUCAUAUGAGGUGAUUCUUUACAGCAGGGUUGCCCAAGCCUACUUUUUGAGAUCUACCCUCCUGCAAAGUUUCUUUCCAACUAUAACUCCACUCAUGAAUAGUACUAUGUGUCCUAUGCAUCUAUGUUCAACCUCCAAUUAAAACAGCCAAAGUUGUGCAUUUGGUAUUUUACUUUUUUUUUUGUUGUUGUCCAAUAUUUUAAACUAAAUUUGCUAAAAAAAUGGCAAUUAAGUUGCAUGCCAUUAAAAUUUGUUCCCUGUAGAGGGUGUAUCAGCCUAUUUUCUCUUAGAAAAUCAACAAAAUUUUGCAUAUGCCACAGUGUUGUAAGUGUUUGUGUGAUUUUUUUGUUAAAUAGGUUUUCUGUGGUUUAUGAUGUGACAACUGAAUAACUUGCACUUAAUAGAUGCUUUGACUGGAAAUAACAUAAACAAAUUAUUGGGCUCUAAUUUUGAAUAGUACUCUACUGCUAAUGUCCAUUAGAUCUAACCUGUUAGAUUAGGUGUGGAUCUAAACUCCACAGGAGCAGAUCUGUAGGAGCAGAGUCAGGCAUUCUAGGAGGUGGCUUUAACAUAAGCUUGCAAAACUGAAGCCAACUGUGUGUGUUCAUAGUGUAAACUAGACUUGUGAUUAUUUUACAGCAUGAGACCUUCUGAUAUAUACUUUUGUCUUUCAGUUUCAGUGACUUGAAAAAGAUAUUCUUCUUCUGGCUUUUACAAUGACUUUUCUUUGAGUAUUUAGUCUGAAACUGUGUUGUUGUGGAGGCUUUUGACAACUGU